AUGAAAGAGAGGGUGAUACGUGGCUCUGAGCCUGUGGACUGUAACUCCUUUAACUGCAAGCCAUUUGUUCCUUCACCUCUUUCCCCCACAACACCUGCAACUCCUUCACCACCAUCUCCUGGGACACCUUCGCCUCCAUCACCUGGAACACCUUCACCAGUAACUCCUUCGCCUCCAUCACCAGGGACACCUUCACCUUCACCUGUAACUCCUUCACCACCAUCUUCUGGGACACCACCUGUAACUCCUUCGCCUCCAUCACCUGGAACACCUUCACCAGGAACUCCUUCGCCUCCAUCACCUGGGACACCUUUACCUGUAACUCCUUCGCCACCAUCUCCUGGGUCACCCUCACCUGUAACUCCUUCGCCUCCAUCACCUGGGACACCUUCACCCGUAAAUCCUUCGCCGUUACCUUCACCUACAACACCUUCGCCUCCUUCACCUGCCGCACCUUCCCCAUUACCUUCACCACUACCUACACCUCCUUCGGAACCACCCGGUGGUGGGACAUUCCCCUCCACCCCGGCCAGUGGCACCUUCUCCACUACCACCAAUUCACACUCCUCCUUCACCGGUGUAUUUGCCACCACCACAUUCUUCCCCUGCUCCACCUGGCUACUCUUCACAACCUCCUCCACCUUCGCAAUUGCCGCCUCCAUCAUACACUCCGCCUUCUCCAGUGACACCUUUUCCUACUCCAACGCCACCCAAUGGUGUCCACUCUCCACCGCCUCGUAGACGGGGUCCCGCAGACGCGCCUCGGCCUCGUAGGCGAGGGACUUAACCACGUCCUCGCGCUGCGCCGCGUUGAGUUCGUUGAGAAGCUUUGCGACGUUGCUGGCACCGAAGACCUUGUGCACGUAGGCAAAGCGCUGUGGGUUGUCCGGCGGAAAAUACGGCGCGAAGACGCACUCCUGCGUGCACUUCCGGCGCUGAAUCUUGCACGCGGCGCAGGGGGAAUUGGACGACGACAAAGAAGAGGACAUUAUUCUCCUUACUAUAAUAAGAGGACAUUAUUCUCCUUACUAUCAUUAUUCUCCACGCACUUCACCUCUUUUUUUUUAUCAUUUCAAUUUUCUUUUUUUUUCAUUAAUUCAUUUAUUUCUUAUUAUUUUAUGUCAUUUCUUUUUAGAAAUAUUCUUUACUAAAUCCUAAACUUGAUGUAGAAUUUUUUUAUUAUGUGAUUGAUUGUGUCAAUGGGGUGAUUUUGGUUGGAAGCAUGUUUUCAAUAGUCAACUAAGAGCAAUUACUGCGCUUUUAAUAUUGAAUGCAAAUAAAAGCUUAUUAAAAUCAACUCUGACAAUUUAAAAUUUUAAUUCUCGUAUUCUUAUUGACUUGAAUUAAUUCUCUUUCCUUAUUGACUUGAAUUAUUAUGAAUAUUGCAGUCGAGAAAUAAGAAUGGCAGAAAAAGAGUAGGUCGCAGAGCAAAUGUAUGUAUAGGGAUGAAUGGGAGAGCAUAAGUUAUGGCUGCAAAGGCAGUUGCAUUGCAGUUGCACUUUGUGCUGCCGCUGAUGGUUACUAGUGUAUCGUUAUUGUCUCUAUUAUAUCACACUACUUUUAUUUAUUUA